UCUCCGUGGGAGCAAGAAAGCACCCACUCUUCAUUUCCAAGCAAAGAGAGUGAAGCUCAAGAGGAACGAAGGGAAAAAUGGUGAACUACAUGCUGAAGAUCACCGCUGAACUCGAGAACCUCACCAAUCUCCAGCCUGAGAACGGUUGCGACGAUCCCAAUUUCUCCUACUUCUUCAAGCUGAGAUGCGGGAGGUGUGGUGAGGUAACUCAGAAAGAAACAUGUCUGACGCUGGGGGAAAGCUUUCCGAUUCCUAAUAGCAAGGGAACCACUCAUCUCGUUCAAAAGUGCAAGUUCUGCGAGAGGGGGGGAACAGUGACAAUGAUCCCUGGCCAAGGUCGGCCACUGACACUGGAAGACAGUGAAUCAGGGAAAUUCGCACCAUUGAUGUUAUUUGACUGCAGAGGCUAUGAACCCCUGGAAUAUUCUUUUCUCGGUCUUUGGAAAGCUGAAUCUUUGGGGGGGACGUUAUUUGAGAAUAUCGACUUAUCAGGAGGUGAGUUUGCUGAGUAUGACGAGAAAGGAGAAUGUCCAGUCAUGAUAUCCAAUCUCCGUGCCACUUUUGUUGUGACGAAAUAGCGAAGUAUUCCCUCACCUUCCAAUCUCAGCAUCGAAGGCUGACUAUUUCCUCGGAGAGGAGCAAAAGAACAUGCUUGUCGUUAAUUGGGACAUGAUAUAACAUUAGUGUGAAUCAUGUCGACUUAGCAGACACUCCAAUGACAGUCUUUCUGCACAUAAUGGCUUGCGUAUUAUGACCCAUU